AUGUUGCCAUUCAAGAUGAAGAAAAAGGAGCAGCAGCAAGGUGUCGUUGUGGGCAAUAAAAUUCUAGUAAAGAUUAACGUAGUAGGAAGUGCUGGACCGAUCCGGUUUGUGGUUGAUGAGAAGGCGGUCGUGGCUUACGUCAUUGAAAUCGCGCUAAAGUCGUAUGCCCGUGAAGGCCGUCUUCCUGUUCUUGGAACUAACCUUAAUGACUUCUUUCUUUAUACUCCCAUUGCAGGAACUGAAGCUUUGAGUCCAUGGGAGAUGAUAGGAUCGUUUGGAGUGAGGAACUUCAUGUUAUCCAAGAAACGUGACAGUAGGCAUUCAGAUGACGUGUCAAAGAUAACGAAGAAGAGCUUUGGUAGUUGGAAGUCAUGGUUUAAUAAUAGAUCACUUAGUUUAAAAGUUGCCACCGCCCGCCCAUUAAAUAAUUUCUAG